GGAGACAAAACUAGUUCAAGAACGCGCAGACCUUCAUCAUCCCCAAUCUCCGAUCUCAUCGCCCAAAUCCUCUUCAAACCCUAGAACUUCCUCUAUAUUUCCCUCAAUUCCCCGUGCAUCGUCCUCCAUUUCUCCCCAACUCGAUCGCCAUUAGCUUCCUUUUGAGAUUUUGACCCAGAGAAGUGCCAAUCUUGGCCAGAGAUGCCUGAGAGGCCGGGGCGGCAUCGCCGACAAUGAGCGGGGGCUUUAUCGGCUUGCGCUCCGGCAGCUAUGGCUCGCUGCAGGCGCAAGGCAAUGGCGCCUCCUCCCCCGGCGUUGCGCUGCCCAUCCUUUCGCCACCACCCGCCUUGCCAUCCUCCCGCAAGGGCUCCAAGAUGCUCCUCGCCGGUUCCCGUGAUAAGGAGCGUCGCCUUCCCUGGAUCUUCAAGCUUGCUUGCCGUCGCCGGGUGGCCAUGCUGCUUCUCCUCCUUGUCUCCUCCGCCGCUGUUUUCCUCUCCUGCUUCUCCAUCCUCUCUCGAGAUUAUGAUGCGCAGCUGGGUUCCGAGAUGAAUCUGAGAUUCUCAGAUCAUGUAAGGCAUGUAAUGAACACUGCUACCUCAUCUCCUGAUAUGCUUUGGCAGCCUUCAGUGACUGAUGAGGAUACAAACAAAGUGGAGUCAUCACCUCUCUUACUGUCAAGUGUGCAAUUUCCAUUGAAGAGUGAGAAUGAGACUGAUGAAGAUGAAAGCAAAGUGGAUCCGCUACCUCGAUCACUGUCGGAUGUGCAAUUUCUAGUGAGAAGUGAGAAUGAGACAUUGAAUGAUGCUUUUCCUCAUCGGCAUUAUGAUUUUCCUGCUCAACACCCUUGUGGGCAAUUCUCAUUUCCUCCGCCACCAUCUGAUCGGAAGCGCACUGGCCCACGCCCAUGUCCAGUUUGUUAUGUACCUGUGGAGUAUGCUGUGGCUGCUAUGCCAACUUUUCCAUCACCAUCUCCUGUACUUGAGAAUCUGUCAUAUGUUUCUGAUGAAUAUCUGUUACUAAAUGAUUCAAAUGAGGGCUCUUUAUUUGGUGGAUUGCCAUCUCUGCAUCAGAGAAAUGAAUCUUAUGAUAUAAGAGAGACGAUGACAGUGCACUGCGGUUUCGUCAAAGGAAACAAACCUGGGCAUGGGACAGGGUUUGACAUGGAUGAUGAUGAUCUUCUUGAAAUGGAGCGAUGCCAUGGAGUAGUUGUGGCUUCAGCUAUAUUUGGAAACUACGAUAUAAUGCAACAACCAAAAGGUAUUGGUGGGUUUUCAAAGAGAAGUGUGUGUUUCUAUAUGUUUGUUGAUGAAGAAACAGAAGCUUAUAUAAAGAAUACUAGUGUCUUGGACAACACAAUGAAGGUCGGAUUGUGGAGGGUGGUAGUUGUCCGAAACCUUCCAUAUGCUGAUGCAAGACGCAACGGAAAGAUUCCAAAACUUCUACUACACAGAAUAUUUCCUCAUGCCCGAUUUUCCAUAUGGAUCGAUGGGAAACUUAAACUUGUUGUGGACCCUUAUCGAAUACUUGAGAGGUUCUUGUGGCGGGAAAAUGCCACUUUUGCAAUUUCAAAGCAUUAUAAACGCUUUGAUGUCUUUGAGGAAGCAGAAGCUAACAAAGCGGCCGGAAAGUAUGACAAUGCCUCCAUUGACUACCAGCUGGAGUUUUACAGGAGAGAGGGUCUGACUCACUAUACCGAAGAUAAGCUUCCCAUCAGCAGUGAUGUUCCAGAAGGCUGUGUCAUUUUAAGAGAACACAUUCCCAUCACCAACCUCUUCACGUGUCUCUGGUUCAAUGAAGUCAAUCGUUUUACAUCAAGGGAUCAACUCAGUUUCAGCACCGUAAGGGACAAAAUCAUGUCCAAAGUCGAUUGGAGUAUCAACAUGUUCCUGGAUUGUGAGCGCCGUAAUUUUGUAGUUCAGGCAUACCACAAAGACUUGUUAGAGCAGAGGAAUUUACAGCUGCCCUUCAGUUACCCUCCACCGCGGUCCUCCUCCGGAGAACAACAGUCUUCAAAACCAAGUCCAGACGCUCUUCGCCGUGGGGUCAGUAAACCCCCACCACUACGGAAGCCACCGGUGAAGCAUGGGAAGGACAAGAAAUCAAAUUCAAAAAGGCAUCGUCCCAGACCUCUCAUCUCCAGGGAGUUUGUGGCAAACUAAAUUUUGUCAUCAAAGUUUUUUCAUUGUAUUUCACAAUAGAUUCAUUACUGGGGACCAUGGGGAAUCAGGCAGUUUGGAAUUAGCAGGCUUAAAUUCAAGGAAAGACACAGCAACAGUAUUCUAUUUUUUCACCUCACAAAAGUGUCGAUAUCUAUUCAUUUGGUUGUAAAUAACCGAUUUACAAUAAUUCUCAAUUAGUUCCUGUUUUCCCCACAAGUCAAUUUGUGAAAUUUAUUUGAUCAAGAGCAAUAGA